UUUCAUGUAAUGUUUCUCUUCUGCUUCUCGUAUUCAUAGACAUAAAUAUAAAACAAAAAGAAACGCGACGAAAUUGGAAUUUAGGAGUUAACGUUAACCUGAAAUCAACGUUAAAAUCAUCAAGAUCGCAGCGCACCGGUCAAAAAUUGAUUAACAACAUUAAUAACUACGUUGUUUUCUGCGUUAUAUGUAUACAUACAUAUGUACAUGUAAGCUUUGCUGGAGCCGUUGGAGAUGUCGGCCGUUUCGCGCUUCGUAUCAGUUCUCAUUAAUCACUGACUGGAAUGACAUGUGAUCAAGACGAGAAUCGUUUCGACCGUACACAGACUAUACAGAAUACUGCCAGACAAGAAUUUGCUGUGAUCGAAUUCACAUAGGUUACAAGUGGAAUAUUGAUUUCUCUCGCUUAUCCUGAUUAUGUUAUUAUAGUUCCUUCAGCUUUGACAAUAAAAAAAGAUGCUGAAUCAACAACAUCCUUUGCUGAACACCAUAGAUUCGUACAUAGAGCCGCUUUUGAAGCGCGUUUUACAAAGCAAGAGACUGGGUUAUGGUCCAAUAAAAUUGGAUUCGGCGUCGUCGAGUUGUGACAAGAACAAGAAUGAUUGUUUCAAGUUAGCAAUUCCCUACGCCGGGGAGAACCUUGUAUGGAACGUAUUGUUCGAUUCGCAAUGUCCAGAAAUGGGCCCGGACUUCAUAUUCAACGAUCAGAAUUUUUUAAUGGACCCAGACAUCGAUAUUUUGUCUACUUGGGUACCUAGUCUUGUUAAAUGGAAUCCUCAUGAUACCGACGCGUUGCUUAACGUGCUAAACGAAUUGUUAUUGUAUUACAAGGAACACCAGAUACAGUUACUUGGAAAACAGGGAGAACGAUUGCAAGUAGAAUACAGCACACUUAUUGGGGAAACCGAAAUAAGCAAAGAAGAUAUAGAAGUGAUGAUGUUACCACUAGGAUUAAAGCCUGUGGAAGCGAGAUUUUUAAUUCGCAUAUCUGUGGAUUAUUCUCGAUUACCCCCGCGUACCAAUAAGUCGCAGAGUGAGGAAGCAAUGCUUCUAGUCACGUUUUACGGUCCCGAUUGGAAUCGUAUUUUGUCGCAACUCUUCUUGUCCAAGACCUUGGAGGAGGCUUUCGGUGGGACCGAAUCAUUGCACAUUCCGCCAUUGCCGCCCAACAAAUAUCUAAUGGAUUACGUUCCCGAAGUGAUAAAAUUCAUGGAGGAAAAAAUAAACAGUGUAAUUCAGUGUUUCGAAAGCAGAAAGGAUUUUAUCGUGGGUCUAUUUCUAUUUCAGCGCGGUAGCUUGCUAGAGUACGAUGCGACAGAGUUUAAUUGGAUUUCUAUUCUGUUGGAACACCGAGACUUCCAUUUUAUCGUACAUUUUCAUCUCCCGUCGUCAUUUCCAAAAGAGAAACCGCAAAUUACAUUGCAAUCGGUGUAUCACAUGACAUCACAGGGUACUUUGUACAAUGAAGUAUUGAAUGAUGUACCGUACAGUCCUAGAUGGCCGAUAAGGAUAAUGGUUGACAAAUUGUUAACGUACAUAGUAGAAAAUGCUGUUCAAAAGUUUCAGGCGAACUCUAUCAGAAAUAAUCGUUUCUAAUUUAUUCUGAAAAAAAAGUUAUAUUUUAUUACAAAGGAUGUAUAUUUAAUAGUUGCAAUUGAAAUAAAAACUGUUCGGUUCCAAUUUACCAAUCGAUAAACAUCGAUGUA